AGGGGCAAAAAGUGACACGAAACAACGUCUGAGAAAUUCUUGAAAAAUUCCUUUUUUGAUUUUUUUGAGACAUUUUUCACGCCCAAAAUACCCGGAAAAUCUCGGGAAAAACUGUGAUUUCACCAUUGUAUCCUUGUAUUGCUGUUUUGUAGUUCUUUUCUGGAGAUUUAAAAAGAAAUUUGUGGUGCGAAAAAGUUAAUUUGACAGCAAAAGUUCCACGCAAAGUAUCCGCGGAAGAAGAGUGGGAAUUUCCUGAAAUCAGGCUAGUCCAGCUGUGAGUUCCUCCAGCUGUGAAUUAUGUGGUGUGUCCCUGCCAAUGUCCGCUAGACAUCGUUUUCCCGGCCAUGAGUCCGGUGACAGUGUGAUAACAUUUGUGAAUGUUGAGGAGGAAGACGAGAAUAAGUACGAGAAGAAGAAGGCAGGGUGGUCAUUCAAUCCAGGCCAAUUGUCUGCAUCGAUAAAAGCCUUUGCAGGUAGCAGUACUACAGCUCCGGAAGCACCAAAGCCACCACAACUUGUCAAGGAAACAACCCCGGACGAGGGGGAAGAUUUUGAUUUUUUGCACAGCACCGAAGAGGAAAUAGUCGUGAUGACGGCACGGGAUCGCACGUUGGAAUUCUCAAAUGCCAUCCGUUCGAUGCAGGGGCGCAAUAUUGCGCGAGCUGUUAACAUUCGUGAUCCACGGAAGGCAAAACAGAUGCAGAGCUAUUCGGAAUUUAUGAUGGUGGCCAAGCAAAUUGGGAAGAAUAUUGCCAGCACGUAUGCAAAGCUGGAGAAAUUGACACUCCUGGCCAAGCGGAAGUCCCUCUUUGACGAUCGACCCGUGGAGAUUCAGGAGCUGACGUACAUCAUCAAGGGGGACCUCAAUUCGCUCAAUCAGCAAAUUGCCAAACUCCAGGAGAUCGGGAAGAGUCAGCGACGCUCGACCAAUGGGAAGCAUCUCCUGUCACAUUCCUCAAAUAUGGUGGUAGCUCUGCAGGCUAAGCUGGCCAACAUGAGCAAUGAUUUCAAGCAAAUCCUCGAGGUACGCACGGAAAAUCUCAAGCAUCAGAAGACACGACGGGAUCAAUUCAGUCAGGGUCCUGUGACCAAUACCCUGCCGCCAUCCUCCAUGCGAGGAUCCACCCAAGGGAGCCUUUUGCUGAGUGAACAAGAUCAGGAUUCUGUUUCCAUCUCCCUGGGGGAUAAUGCUUCAGCAUCACAACCACUCCUGCCACGGCAGCAGAUGCAACAGCAAUUAAUGCUGUACGAUGAGUCCGAUAAUUACGUUCAGCAACGCGCUGAAACGAUGCAAAACAUCGAGAGUACCAUCGUGGAAUUGGGUGGGAUCUUCCAGCAGCUGGCACACAUGGUGAAGGAGCAAGAGGAGAUGGUGGAGCGCAUCGACAGCAACAUUCAGGACACAGAGCUGAACAUCGAAGCUGCCCACGGGGAAAUUCUCAAGUAUUUCCAGAGUGUGAGCAAAAAUCGUUGGCUUAUGAUUAAAAUCUUCGGCGUGCUCAUUCUCUUCUUCAUCUUCUUCGUGGUCUUCAUGGCGUAGCCAAGUUUAUUCCCCAGUUCCCUCCCCCAUUUAACAAUCCUGUAAAAAUGUUUAUGUCAAGGAUUUAUUUAAAAAAGAAA